GCUGAUUCGUUUCGUUCCAAAUGGCUGCGAGCAAGCAGUACCAUCAAACAUGGCGCAUUCGCCUCCAUCCGACUGACGGAUCCAGAGAAGGGCUAUGAGCGACAGGGUCGAUACUUUUCAAAACUUUUCGGUACACAAUGGCUUGAGUACUGGGAGUUCCUGGAUGAUUUUGCAGACCUGUCCUCCGAAUCCGGUCUGGAAUUGUUGGAGCAAUAUCUAAAUUCGGACAACGCCAAACUUCGCCUUCCUUCAGUGACCACCCCUAACGGGCAAAAGAACGCGUCUACAGACCGGUCCAAACGACGUAGGUCAACCGUCAACAACUCCCAUCCUGCUACACCCACCGGCACGAUUUCUAUGUUUGCCCAGCUAGAUGAAGCUAACACUGUCCCACCCACUCCGGUUUCACGCGCAAAAUGCUCUGUACAAUCGGUGAAUCGAAUAGCGCCUGAUCCAUGGCGCGAGCAUCGAUCAGUUGAAACAAAUUUACUCAACGACAGUCUGGACGAGAGCAGUGACAAUUCGGAACUUCAAAAUUCACUUCAAGAACCCGACUCAACUCCAGAAUUGAUCGAUAUAUCUGCUACUCCGCGUCGGCAUUCCUUCAGUCCACUCAGACCUAUUGUGGGCUUGUUGGAAAAACUAACAUUUCGAAGUCCGCUACGUUGGCUACUGGUUGAUCGUCUCGGUUGUGGCGAACCAUUGUUUGCUAUAAAAAAUCCCACUACCUCUUUCCUAAAUGAAUCCUUCUCUGAAGCUAAAUCUAACGGUACGUCGAGCUCUAAGAAAUCCCGCCCCAAACGCCGAAUGUCUGCGGCCAAUUUGGGUCAUCCAAUUUGUGAUCCAGAACAACCGGCCGCCAAGAAGCCAUCACCGGUCAAGUCCGCCUUAGUCGAAUCUGAACCUACACCUCCUAAACUACCUCUGCCUACACUGUUCCGUCAUGUAUGUCGUGCACUCCCUGGCGGUGACCCGGAACUGGAAACUGCCGUAGCCGUAAUGGCUUGUGUGGGGAAAGAGACGAAGGGAAGCAGUAGCUCACCAAACACAGAUUGUCUGGCCCCACGCUGGUUCCGAUCAAUCAGUCUGUCGAAAUAUCAUACCGUAUCCAGUUGGAAACGAUAUGUAGAGGAAUGUGACACGCAUUUAUCUCACCCAACUAACUGA